AGUUUUUCGGCAGCCUCCAGCCUGACGUUACGCCACUCCUCCUCCCAUUACAUAUUGCUCUGUCGUUUAACCGACUCUCCUCGGAGGGAUUAUCAUUUUACGAGCAGUUUCGCAGAUUCUGUACUCUUGAGAGGACAUAGUGCAAUACUCUCGCUUUCAAGUGUCGCCAUGGCCUCUGCAUCGAACCCCGCCUCUGGCGCCGCCAACCCCUCAUCGCGCAAAACAUUCACCGUUGGGACUCGCAAGUCUAAACUUGCCCUUUCGCAAACUGAUCUGGUGGUCUCGGCACUUAAGGAGGUUUACCCUAACUAUGAAUUCAAAAUACACUCGCAGGAAACUGCCGGCGAUUUGAACACAACCAUUGCUUUUCGAGAAUUUACGACUAAGAACCUAUGGACAGAGGAGUUAGAGCAACACUUAAUGGCCGGCAAUGUGGACUUAAUUGUUCACUCAUUAAAAGAUGUACCAACUACCCUACCCCCCGCGUGUACACUGGGCCCUAUGAUGGAGCGUGAAGAUUCCAGGGAUGUCCUGGUCAUCAAGAAAGGGCUACCGAACAUGUCUUUAUCCGAUUUGCCUGCAGGAUCCGCCGUCGGCACCUCUUCCAUCCGCCGUACUGCUCAAUUGGCCUUGAAAUACCCUCACCUAAAGGUUAUUGAUGUGCGCGGGAAUAUCGGUACACGACUCUCCAAACUAGAUGCGGAAGAUUCACCUUAUACUUGCAUUAUCCUGGCAGCCGCCGGUUUACUUAGACUAGGUCUCGAUGAUCGCAUCUCGCAGUACCUGGACUCGAAAAACGGUGGUAUGCUUUAUGCAGUCGGCCAGGGUGCGUUGGGCAUCGAAAUUCGAAAGGAUGAUCAGCACCGCGGAGCGAAGUCUGCUACGAACCUUGAAGGCGGCUGCAGUGCGCCACUUGGGGUUGAAACCGAAUGGAUUAAAUCCUCCGACGGUGCGAAGAAGCUCCGAAUGAGGUCCAUCGUUGUCAGCGUGGAUGGUAAGGAAAGCGCUGAGGUCGAAAUCGAUGGAAAUGUCGACUCCGUUCAAGCUGCUGAGGAUUUUGGCGUGACUGUUGCCAAGGAAUUAGUAGUCAAGGGAGCAGGGAAGAUCCUCGAGGAUAUCCAGCGUAAUAAGCAGGCGGCUUGA